AAUUUUAUAUGGCUCCAGCCACGAAACCCAUAUUUUCAGUGCUGGUGGGUGGAUGCACAACAGUUUCAUACUAGAAAUACCCAAUUUCUCACGAAACAGCUUCUUUCUUCCCAUCCACGAUGUCCGUCGAUACCACUGUUACUCCCGAACCGAGGUUCAUCAUCGCUAUCAGUGGAGGAAAACAUGUCUUUCUUCGGUGGUCUGAUGUUGUUGAAUAUGACUCCUUAAUUACUACAUUAUAUCGCCACUUUGGAAAUGAGCUUCCGAGGGACAAGGAGAACAUUGUCGUGCAAACUAAUGAUUUGGACAUCUGCCUUGGGAUAUUCAUUGAUAUUCCAAGCGAGCUGUGGGGUGAUAUUAGCGCACAGAUAAGCCGCAUCAGAGUCGUGAAUAAGUGGUCUAGUGAAUAUAAGCGAAGGUAGCAUCCUUCGAUUGAUUAUCUACUGUGCUACCAACAACCGAGUCUCAAUGGGCAUUUCGACAUGUUCUCGCACACAAAAAGGUUCAGAUAAGAGCGCAAUAUCAUCGCAAUUCCACAUCCUUCUCCUCAAGUGCAGACGUCGAUACAAUACAUCCCCUGAGGCAACGCAAAAUGAAAAAGAAAGAAGCAAGAACUUGUACCUUAGAGAAUUUAUACAACUG